AAAUUAAAACAAAUGGAGAUGGGCCAUCGCUGCUGCAGCAAACAGAAGGUUAAAAGAGGUUUAUGGUCUCCUGAAGAAGAUGACAAGCUCAUCAAACAUAUCACUUCCCAUGGCCAUGGAAGUUGGAGCUCUGUUCCUAAACUUGCUGGCUUGCAGAGAUGUGGAAAGAGCUGCAGAUUGAGAUGGAUCAACUACUUAAGACCAGACCUCAAGAGAGGUUCCUUCACAGCUGAAGAAGAACAGAUCAUCAUUGAUGUUCAUAGAAUUUUAGGCAAUAGAUGGGCUCAGAUAGCCAAGCAUCUUCCUGGAAGAACAGACAAUGAAGUGAAGAACUUUUGGAACUCUUGCAUUAAGAAGAAGCUGCUCUCACAAGGCCUGGACCCAAAAACCCACAAUCUCCUUUCUUCUCGUCAAAGAGCCUCGAAUAAACUUGCAUGCCAUUAUUCAUCAUCUCUACCACAACAACAAUCCUUCACAGUUUUCAAUAUGAGUUCACAGAAUAGAGAUGCCAACAUGGUUAUGAUGAACCCUCCUGUUCUUACACUUCCUGCACCACCACCACCUCCUCCUGAUCAAUCCAUGGCAAUGCAGAUUGCUAACUCUGAAUGUGAAGGCCAUAAUGUUCUUGGAACUUGUUAUGGUCAGAAUCUUAAUGAAUCCACCAUAUUCCCUUAUGGUUCGUCCAUGGACAGCACGAUUAUUACAUCUUCAUCUUCUUCCUCAAUUCAAUUAUGUGGGUUUAAUAAUCUCUUGGACGAAAAUCCUUGCAUUUGGGAUGCUAAUGCUAUGGUUGAAACCUUUGAAGAACCAAGAGUGGAAGGGGUAAAACCACAAGAACAACAACAACAGCAAGAGAAGGAGAAGAUUUCCGAGAUGGCAAUGGACAAAAUUGAUGAAAUGAGUAUGGAUGCUUCAUUUGAGAAUUGUAGCUUUGACCUGGGCCUUCUUGAGUCCACACUCUUCCCUCCAGCAAUGUGUCGUGAUUUGAGCUCCAUGGAUGAUUUUGCAUGGAACUUUUAG